AUGACGUCACUAUCCCGGCUACGGGUCAGAACGUUGGGGAUCACUUCCGGGAGUGUGCCGGAAGCCGGGAAUUUGAAUCUGAGCGCCAUUAAGAGUAACAAAAGAGACGAGGGAAGGGUUGUUGUUGGCACCUUGAAGCGGUCGGUACAGGCGAUGAGGAAGCCGGCUCGACGGAAGUUUUCUAAAUCCAGAACUACAUUUAACUAUGUCGCAAAGGCAGAACAGCAGCAGCAGCUGAUACAAAAUCCUCCCUGUGCAUUUUGUCGACGGAAUGAUGACUGCCCAGAGAAGUAUGGCGAGAAGAAGACCUGUGAUAAUGGGAUAACUGUGCAUUACUACUGCUUAAUUAUGUCAAGUGGCUUGUAUCAACGUGGAGAAGAAAAUGAAGGAAUUUAUGGAUUUCUGGCUCAUGAUAUCAAAAAGGAAAUUUCUAGAGCUUCAAGAAUGAAAUGUCGGGUGUGCAAGAUGCGUGGGGCAUCAAUAGGCUGUGCCAUUAGAAAAUGCCGGAGGAGCUUUCAUUUUCCUUGUGGUGUGGAGAAUCAAUGUAUUUUCCAGUUUACAGGACAGUUUCCGUCUUACUGUUGGGAGCAUAAACCUGUACAAAAGAUACCAUGUGCAUCCAUAUGGUCAGGCGGUUCUAAUACAUGUGCUGUCUGUUUAGAGUCCAUUGACCCUCUUCCUUCCUAUGAUGUCUUAAAGAGUCCUUGCUGUAAAAAUACUUGGUUUCACAGACAAUGUUUGCAGCAUCAGGCACUGAGUGCUGGGGUGUUCUUCUUCAAGUGCACUAUCUGCAGUAAUAAGGAAGACUUCCAAAAGGAGAUGUUGCGAUUGGGGAUCCAUGUACCAGAAAGGGAUGCAUCCUGGGAACUAGAAGAAAAUGCAUUUGAGGAAUUGUUGCACCGUUACCACCGGUGUGACGCAAGAAGGUGCCUCUGUAAAGAUGGACGAGAAUAUACAGAACCUGAAGGUAAAUGGGACAUUGUACUUUGUAAGUACUGUGGCUCCAGUGGAACUCAUCAGGCCUGUUCAUUGUUGGCAAGCUGUUUGGAAAGUUGGGAGUGUCCCGAGUGCAGAGAGAUUGUGUACAAGUCAGAAAAAUUAAGGAAACGAAGCCGAAGUUCAGCGAUAAAUUCAAGAAAGAGGAAAUAUACAGAAAACCAGGAUACACUCCGUUCACCCAAGUGUCCAAGGUUAUCAGGUGGAACUCUGAAAGAAUGCAAAAAUAGCCAAAUAUUUGCAGCAAGACCUCUUGCAAGCAUUUUGAAGGAAUUGAGGUCACAAAUCAAAUCGAAUGUCAUCUCAAGAAUCAAUUUUGACAGAACAAAUGUCUGGGAAGGAGCUUUGAGAGUGAUGAAGAGGAAAGUAUUUAAUCCUACCAACACAAUUUGCAUUCAGUAUUCAAAUAAUGCUGGAAAACCUCAAGAAAUGCCUGACAUUGAAAACCCUCUUCGUGAUUUCUUUAAUUUGCUCAUGCAUCAUCUUCAGAAUUCAACCCUAUUUGAUGGUCUGAAUACCUCAAAGAACUUAACUCUCAAUUCUCAAGCUCUUAGGUUGGAUUGGUAUUAUGAGGCUGGACGAAUGAUUGCACUAUCCUUAGUUCAUGGUGGUCCAUCACCAAACUUCUUAUCCAAAACAUUAUUUAAUUGUCUGGCCUAUGGACCAGAGAUAACUGAGCCAAGUAUAGAAGACGUGGCAUCAUUUGAGAUAACACAAAAGAUCAUAAAGAUAAAAGAAUCAUCAACCUUGGAAGAGUUGAAACUAUUUAUCAAUGAAAACGCUGAUUACCUUUCAAUAGCUGGAUGCUUAAGACCAGUAUGGUCACUGGACGAUAAGGAACCGCUGUUAAAAGAUGUGCUGAUCUUUCACGUAAUCAGUCGAGUUCACUCACCCUUAGAAAGGUUUCGUGAAGGAUUGAAAGUUCUUGGUGUGUUGGAAAGUAUUCAAACCUAUCCAGAAAAAUUCUCUGAACUUCUGUGUUACAAACCACAGAAAUUAUCUGCUGAAAUAAUUGGAAACCUUUUCUCCAUUGACUUUUCACCGAAUGGAAGUAAUAGAAUAAUUGCAGAAUCUAAAGCCAUCAGCUUCUGGAGAGAUUAUUUGACAGAUGUAGAAGGUGGAAAAACUAAAGCUUCUUUUGAAGGAAUCUUGAGUUUUGCAACUGGCACAAGUAAUAUUCCACCCAUCAGUUAUGUUCCUCGCCCAUCAAUUAAAUUCUUGCAUAGUGAUGGAAUAGUACAGUACAGAUUUCCAACAGGACAAACAUCAGUCAAUUGUUUGAAACUACCAAUGUCAAAAACAUAUGAGGAAUUUAAAGAAUGCAUGGAUUUCGCUAUUUGUAACACACCUGAAUUAAAAAGAAAGUAAUGCUGUAAAUAUUCUUAAGUCAAUUAUUAAAUUUGUACAUUAUCUAGCAGUUUUCUUUUUAGAAAAUUACAAUCUUUGUUUUUAAUUGCCAAUUAUUUAGCAAGGGCUUGCAGAAGCCUUGAAAUAAGUUUACAGGAUGUAAAGGAUAAUGGUUCCUCCUUAGAGAACUAUUUUAUGCACAAUGUUCAAAGAGGGAAGCAGAAACUUAAACUUUGUCAGUUUCCCUGCCAACAUGUUGUGUUUCAAUAUACUUUGAUGUGGAAACACAGUAAUAAUAAUAUUUGCAUUAGUUUAUAAUCUUGCUGAAGCACAACUAUUUCUCUACUUGGGCUGCCCUGGCUAAGUGAAAGUCCUUGUAGCCAUUCUGAUUUUCUCUGGCAGAGAAGGUGAAGGAAUAAAAUAUUGAAACAGCUGAGAAGUUCUAUAUUGAUUUCUAAAUAUUCAGAAUGUUAUUCAAUUUCUAGAUUAAUGUAAUACAGAUUUGCUUAUGAAAUUACUUGAUUAGCUGGUUUGAAGUUUCCUUUAAUAGCUUUGCAUAUGACACCCACAUAUAUCAUCAAUAAGUUUACACUUAGAGAUGGCAUUUAAAAAAAAUUAUGAUGAAAAUAAAUUUAAAUUUUCUAAAGUGCAGUAAAUUGUAAUUUGCCAAAGUAAUAUUUUGGAUGACCAAAAUAUGUAAGGUUUGUUUUGUGUUUACUUUUAAAAUGAGGAAUUGGAAAUUUUGCUUUGUGUGUAGACUUUUUGAAGAUUUUCUUCACUGGUUUCGCCAGUAACAAAUAUAAACUUUGUAUUUUAUUUCUGACCUUAUAACUACCAUGAUGGACUAUAGUUGUAAUGUAAAUAGAAAUUACUUUAUAUUGGUAACUCAUUUAGUUGGCUUCUCUAGAAAAAUAUAACUAUUUAGAAUUGUUAUAAAUAUAUUUAAUUUUCAUCAAAAAAUGAAACCCAUUUAACAGUAUUAUUAAUAGUUUGGUUUGGCAACAAAAGGGAGUUCCUUAGGUGCUGAUAUUGUAAUAUGUUCUUGUUUAAUCCAUUUCUGAGAAAAUUACUGCUUUUACAAGUUGUACAGUCUUCCUUAGCUUGCUCUUUAAACACUGAUUUCAGACCUUCAGCAGUGGGUGAAGGAUUCAGUAUUACAAAUGUAUUUUUACAUUUGAACAAAAUCCAUAAAAUAUGUUAUUUGGUUAAAUUCGUGCUUUCCUUCUGACAACUUAUCUAAGUCCCCUGACGUUUCACAUUGAGAAAAGAUGUGGGUAAAUGUAGUUUUUUUGCAUAUUUAAACAGGAAAAAAGCAAAAAAACAAAAUAAGCAAAAUUUAUAUACCAUUUCUGAAGAAAAUAAUUGUAUGAAAGAAAUGGUAAGAUGUAGGGGGGGAAAGCUGUCAGUACAAAGACUACCAUUAGUGAAUAAAAUUAAUGCAGAAAAAUAAUUUGAAUGUGUACAAAUGAACUGUUAUGUGAAUGAAUAUUGUUUGUGAAUAAAAUAAACUAUUGUAUUUGACUAGGUAUCUAUCCUAAAUAAUUUAUCCAAGUGAUUUUCUGUGUAAUUGUUCAGUUUGAUGUGUGCUUUUAUCAAUGCAUAUAUUUGAUUAAUGCAGAAAUAACAAGAAAGUUGAACCUUAGUUACCAAUUGAGAUAUUAGAACCUGGUUAUCAAUUAAAAAUGUAAAACAACUGCUAAAACAUGUUAAAGGUAGAAAUGUAAUAAUCUCAUUGGAAUAAAAAUAUUGAAUUCUUGGGUAAUUUUUGACUGGCAAAAUUGGUCAAUAGUCGAUUAUGGAUAAACUGACCUUAACAUCAAUUUAUUAAUGUUCAAUUUGUGAAGACAUCUGUAAUCUGUGAUGUAUAAUUGUUUUAGUUAUAGCUGGAUGGUGUCCUUACAUGAGCUUGUUUCUGUAUGUGCUUAAAUAAUAAAUGAAAGGAUGUUGCAA